AUGCCCGUCGAAGAACUGCCCCCAUCCAAGCUUGGUACGAAAGAACACUGGGACAGCGUCUAUGAGCGUGAAGUCAGAGUUUUCGAUGAUUGUGGAGACGAGGGUGAGGUAUGGUUUGGCGAGGACAGCGUCCGAAAGAUGCGCAAGUGGGCGCACACAAAUCUGCCUUCUUCCUCAACUACACUGAGGGUCCUCGAAUGCGGAAGCGGCAACGGCACCCUCCUCCUCUCCUUCCUCACCUCCCCCGAACCCCCUGCUCGAUCCUUCCACCUCACCGGCAUCGACUACUGCCUCUCCGCCAAAACACUCGCCGAAAGCGUCGAGAAAAGCCGGAGAGAAGAGCUCGAGGAUGAAGAUGACCUUGAAGACGAAGAAGUCGUCAAUGAGGUGACUGCAGAAUGGCGCGUGGGCGAUCUGCUGAGAGACGAUUUCAAGGGCGAGAUUUGGGAUUUGGUCAUGGACAAGGGGACUUAUGAUGCCCUCUGUCUUUCAAACGACCCGGUCGAGGAGGAUGAACGUAAGAGGUUACCGAGCGAGGUUUACCCGGAAAGAAUCACAAAGCUUGUAAAACCUGGAGGGUUCUUUUUGAUCACGAGCUGUAAUUUUACAGAGGAGGAGAUUAAAGAGAGAUAUGGCAAAGAAGAUCUCGGUAUCUCAAGCGUGCCCCAUCCCACGUUCUCUUUUGGUGGCAAGAAGGGCAGUACAGUCUGUACGGUUGCCUUCAAAAAGUUCAGCUAG